UAUUGUUUUAUAUCAAAUAAAUAUAUAUAUAAAACUAUCGUUAUUAUUAGUGUUUUAUGAUAUUACAAAUUACAAUGAGACUAAUUUUUGUCUCAGUUUUGGUUUUGUGUUUAUCUAGUGAGUAUACUAUAAAAUGUUCAGAUGAUGAAUAUGUCGAUCCGUUGGACAUGGUCAACUAUGAUAGAUCAACAAAAUCAAUGAAAAUUAAGCCAAAAAUAGUAGUUAAUGAGCCUAUUCAAAAUGACCGUUGUACAAUUUUCCUUUCAAGAUUUAUCAACAUACUGUUAAUAAACACUGGACUAUCUGUAAGUAAUAUUGAUCAAGUGUUAAAUAAAGGAAAAAAUGAAGAGCUGAAGUUAUAUGCUUCAGUAACUCUCAGUACUCAAGAUUUACAGUUAUUAAAAAAUAUGGCCAGUAAAAGGGAUAUAGAUUAUACAGAAGUUGAUCGAAUUUUGAAUAGCUUAUUUACUCCAGUAGAAAUGGAUUCCUCUGAAUUUAAAGUAAUAAACAGCUCAGAAAUAUACGAUCAGAUUAAGGAAGUGCUGUAUUGGAUUUCAGUUUGUUUUAUUUCAAUUGCUUUAUUGUAUACUACUUUUAAAAAAAUUCAUUAUGUUUUCAAUUUAACAUUUAUUUUAUUUAUUAUUUUUGCACUUGCUUUUGCUUCAACCUGGUAUACCAUGUACACGAAAGCUGAAAUAAAUCGUAGUGUUCAUUUGGAAUACAUGCCUUCUCAUUGCCGUGCAAACACAGGCUGGUCUACUUUUUCUUGGUUUCGAACUAACAAUUUAGAUGAGUGCAAAAAGUAUAAAGAAGCAAUUUAUUUGAAUCCUAAAUAUUCUAUUGCUGUAACUGACAUAUUAGCUGAAAUGUUCAGUAAAAUGAUGACCAAGCCAUUAGAAGCUUUAGGAGAUUCUAUAUAUGUGUUCAAUAAAUCAGUUUUAAAGGAUACACCAUAUUGGGCUCAAAUAAUUUUGAUUCCUAUCAUUAUUAUUAUAACCAUUAAAACAAUAUUUUUAUCAUGUGCAUUGUUAGUUGGUCGAAGUUUAAGCAUGAAAUAUAUAUUUGGAUAUGGCGGUUCAACAAUUGGUCCAGGACCAACUGGCAAUGACUACUGUAAAACAAAUGAUAAAAUUAACAACAGUUUUCAUCCAACGACAUCAGCACAACACGGGAUUCCUCAAAUUUCUGAAUUACCAAAAGUUAAUUUUAAUAUUAAUUUAUUUCAUCCAAGUCCAACUGAAAAUUCUCAUUUCUCAUUCAAUGAUAAAUUUAAAAUCAACCAUGUAAAAGAAAGUAAUUUAAUAGCAAUGCUGAAGAAUAAAGAGAUAGACAGUGUUGAUAGUAAAGGUUUUAAUGACCUUAGUAAAAAAGCUCCUAGACAUAGAACUUUGUCUAUUUGAUUUUCCAUUUUAAAAGUGCAUCGUACUUGAUCUAUUUUUUAAUUUAUAAAUAUUUUUCCUUUUGGAGUAUAUUAAU